UGAUUAUGGAGAGCAAGUCCUUUGCUUUAGGCCUGCAUAAAGAGCCUACACGCGACCUACGCAGCCGCUAACACGCGGUUACGCAAGAAAAUUACUGCCACCCGGCGGUGAGAGCAACCGCCUUGCACGCCGAGCCCCCGCGCGCCGACCACGACCACUUAGCUGCAGGAAGCGAAACGCCGCCGACGUAGAGACACGAUGGCAACGAACCCGCCCGACCCACCCGACGACCGUCUCAAGAAGAUGGCCGAGCUGCGCCUCACCAAAAGCCAUGGCGACGCGCUGAGGGCCGAGUCGCCGACGCUGCCGCGCUCGAAGGGCUCCAAGGGUUCGCUGCAUUCCCUGCUCAGCGAGCCGCCGCUCUCGCCCUCGUCGACGGCGUCCACAAGCCCUCCAGCAAGGGGCGUCCUCGGGACGGCCCUGCAGGCGGACGCCAGACGACUGAGCCAGUCUUACUCGCACGCAAGCGGCCACGGUCUCAGAGCUGUGGAGGAAGAAAGACUAGCAAGGCGCGGCUCGGUCUGCGGACAGCUGGAGCGGCUCGAUGAACAUGGGGAGUGGCGGCCUUGCGACGGCGAGUUGAGCGGUGGAGUUUUUACGGUACGAGCCCCGACGCAAUCACCACUAUCGGGAGAAAGGAGGCAUUCCUUCGAUACUGUAAGUGACGAUAGCGAUGGAGAAGAAGCGGAUUUUGUCGCUCGGUUAGAUGAACUCGCCGUCGCGCCGGGCCGACGGGGACGACUAGUAGCGCGGUGUGCGCUCACUACCGUAAGAGUAGUAGGCACGGCGCCGCAGCACGGCGAGCAGGCCUUCCGCCUUGUUUUAGACGGCGGGCGGCGCCACGUCUUCAUGAAAGCUCAAAGUUAUGAUGACAUGUGCAUGUGGUUAUUAGGCUUCCACCGCUCCUUAGCGGCGGUCGUCGCUCGACUAAAGAGGCAGCCGCCGGGCUCGCCCCUGCCGUUCCGCGGACGGGCGUCUUCCGCGGACAACGGCUCGCCUCAAAGCGCAGCUUCGGACGACCUCCACAAAAAAUCGGCCCACCGGCCGCGGCGGACGCCGCCGGGCUCGCCGCGGAGACCGCCGCCUCCCCCUCCAUUAACACCGCCCUCCCAGGACGACGGCGAGCCUUUAUAUAGGAAGAGCAGCGCCAGAACGUUUUGCACGGGCAAGUACGUCCCGCCGGCCUUGCGCGGCAAAGGGAGUUUACCGGUCUUGGACGACUUUGAAGAAAUAGGCGAGCCCGUCGUGGCGGAGUGGCGGUCCCAAGCGGGCCUGCGGUGGCGGUCGGCCGUCGCGUGCGAGCGCGGUGCUUACGCGGCGUCCUUUAUCGCGGCGACGGCGUGCGGGGGGCGCCGGACGCCAUCGCCGCGACCCCGUCAUCAAACGCAGGCCCGCGCCGCACGAACGAGGACGCCUUCCACGAGGGCGAGACCUUUUAUGGAGUGUAUGACGGUCAUAGUGGUGACGACGUCGCCAAAAAGUGCGCGCGGGAAUUGCACGCGCGCUUCGAGGCCUCGGAUGGAGACGCGGAGACGGCUUUACGAGCUGCUUUCUUGAGGUUGGAUGCCGACUACUGCUCGGCUGCAUCUAGGAACGAAGCUUCUCCGGACGCCGGCGCCACGGCCCUGGCAUUGGUCGUGGAACCUUCCCAACGACGAAUUAUCGUGGCGAACUGCGGCGACUGCGCCGCUGUUUUAUGUAGGAAUGGCUCUGCUGUUGCUUUAUCUAAACCGCAUUCUCCUGUUCCGCACUCGGACGAGUACGAAAGAGUAAUACAAGCGGGGGGCUGGGUCACGUCGGAGACGGAUUUAUGUGUGGGGCGGUUGCGAAGCAUGGACCUGGAGGACCCGGAGAUCUCGCGGUCGAUCCAGGACAGGGUCCGACUCAACGAAAUUCACCGCGUGUGCGGCGAAGUGGCCGUGAGUCGCGCUUUGGGCGACGUGGACUUUAAAGGAUGGACCUCCUCUUCCGAGAGAGAGCCGCCGUGCUUCGCGUACCCGGAGGGCCAUCCCCGGCGUUUUUCCGGUGACCUGUUGACCGCGGAGCCCGAAAUUCAAGAAGCCUCGCUAGGCAAUGCGCAUGCCUUCGUCGUUUUGGCUACGGACGGUCUCUGGGACGUGCUGGACGGCGAGGAGGCCGUGCGCGUCGUGUCCAAUCUCUUGAAGGACGGCAAGGCGCCCCAGGAGUGCUGCGCGGAGCUGGUCGCUCGUGCGUUGAGAUUGGGGUCGGGGGACAACGUGACGGCUCUCGUGGUCGAGUUCGCCGCUGCCGACUAGUGGUGUGUACAUAUUUAGGAAUAGC